ACAACUCCCCAACAGCUUGGUUAUCAUCGAAUAUGUGUGCAGACCUUUUAAUCUUGCAACAAGAACUUGAGUACCGAAUACAAAACAAUCAGACGGUUCUGUUGUGCAUUUCUUCAUUGAAAAUUUCAAACGUUUCUGUUACGCGUCGUGACAAUGACUUCAAUUGAAAACAACCUAAAAGAUAUUGUCCUAAAUGUAAAAGUUCCUCACAUAAUUAAAGGGCUAAAUAUACCUUGGCCGGCCUUCAAAUCCUCCUUCCAAGAGUGGUGUGCCCAGUUUGACAACUUCUUGACAUCUGAGGAAAUUCUCCGAGGAGGGAUAGAUUUCGAGACCGGAAAUCGAAAGCAUUCAAAUAUCCCGCAAUGGGAAAAAUUUCGCGGGGAAAAGAAAAUGACCGUUAAAGAAUUUUAUGAGCGUUCAGCCAAGGGAAGUGAUUUUUUUGUGGAUAACUGGGCAACGUACGGUUAUAAGAACAUCAAGGAAAUGCCUUAUGAAUGUGCAGAAGGUUUUGAUUUUGGUUAUUUUGGUUUCUCCGAAGUUAAAGAUGAUAUAACGUUCUGGUUGUCCUCAACCGACGCCCAUACGCCAUGUCAUUUUGAUACGUAUGGGUGCAAUAUUGUGGUUCAAGUUUAUGGAAGAAAGUCUUGGAUGUUAUUUCCUCCUAAUACAAAGCUUACUCCAACGCGUAUACCCUACGAGGAGUCCAGCGUUUAUUGUAAGGAGACAUUCUUCAGUCCAGAAGAUGUCACUUCAUACAAAGAUGUGGAAGGAGAUUGUUAUACUUACGUUUUAGAUCCAGGCGAUGUCCUUGUAGUUCCUCCCAAAUGGUGGCAUUACGUUGAGAAUGUUUGUCCUUCAUUAAGCGUGAAUGCUUGGAUUCCAAUCGAAUCGGAUGUUGAAACCCAAAUAGAAGAAUGCAUCGUUAGGAUUUUGAUGAAAAACUUCAUUGAACACGGAAAACCAAACGAUUUUCUAGAUAUUUUGAAUCCUAAUGAGAUUGAUCUAUCUGAAGAUAAAUACAACUUGUUUGAUAUACUGCAAUAUCUAGUAGACCAGAAAAGUAACGCUGGAAGCAGUCCCAAACACAAAAAUAGUUAUUUAUCUGAAAAUGAACUCUCGGCUCUACUAGUCAACUUCAACGAACAAAUUAUACCAGUGCCAAAAAUCUCCAAGGAAGAAUUCAGAAAUAUAUUAAAUCAACGGAUCAAAAGAUUUGACCCAGCAAUUUCAGAUAAUUCUACACUAUCAACGGAGAGUAACAUCAAAUAUCAUCUUAUCAAUGCUGUUUGUAGUCCUAGCAUUAUUAAUGAGAUAAAAACUGAUUUCUUAAUGAAAAUGAAUAAAAGAACCUCAUGAUUA